AUGCGAAGGCCCCCUCCCGAGAAUCAGCAAGUGCUGGUCACUGCCCCAUCUGUCGGCCUCGCCGGCGGUCUGGAGCCACCUCGCUUCCUGAGUCACCCGCAAAGUCCCCGCGUCACCUGCAGGGGCAGCAGCGCGAGCCGCGGACCCCCGGAGACACCGCGGGGAAGGCCGGUGGAUUCCCGAGCCCCUCUAAGCGGCGGGACUCCGAGGAUUCCCUCCCGCAGAGGGCGUCGCUGGCGCGAGCAGCGGCGAAACACCGCGUCCUCGGAGGACGUAAUGGGGAAAGCGGCGUCAGCGAGUUGCGCGCGGCGGACUUCCCGCGCGUCCCGGCUCAGCCAGCGCCUCCGAGGAGACCCCGCGCAUCUCCGUGGCCCAGAACGGACCCUCCGCCACCCCGAUCCCGGCGGUGCAUGCGUUCAGACCUCACACUGUCACACCCCAGGACCCCCGGCGGCACCCCAGUACACGGCGACCUUCCCGGCUGCCCGGUCUCCCAGCCUCCUCGGAGCCGGUCCCCGGCGAGCCGAGGUGUGUCCAGGACAGGUGGGCGGCGGAGGAGCCUGGACUGGCAGGGAGCCCCGGAGAGCCGCUACUCAAUCACCACUCAGGGGCAGGGGCGGGCAGCCUUUGGUGCCACCAGUAGCCGCGCUCCGCGCUCACCUUCCGCCCCUGCACCCAAAUCCCACAGCGAUUUCCAGCCGGCCCUCCCAGGCCACUUUCAGCGGCUUCCCAACAUGUGGCCUCGCGCGCUCCCUUCUAGAAACUGAUUCAGAAGGGCUACCUCUCUCCAUCAUUCUCGCUCCCUGCCCUGGUGCGGAACCCCUAAAAUCACCCGAGUCCGCGCGCCCGGCCAGAGCCCGCUGUCCCUCCCACCGGCGUCCUAUGCGCUCUUCAAAUCCGCUUUCCCCGCGCCCCACUUUCCAUGCGUCUUCCCUCCGCUCGGUCCCCCACGCCGUCCAGCGCUCUCACCGCUUCCCUCCGACCCCCAGGACAGCCCACUUCCCUCCCCUCUGCGGCUGUGCCCGGCCAGGCUGGCGCGCCCCGAACCCCAGCCUCCCCAUCCCGCAUCUGCUGGGUCCCCUCUCCCUGGCUCCGCGGGAGCCUCUCCUCUCCCCACGUCGACCCUGUGGCCCCCGCCCGAGCCAGUUGUCCCCUCCUGCGCCGCCCGUCGCCCCUGCGCGAGCACCCCAGUGGCCACCCGCUUUCCGGCUGGGCACGGAGGACACACGCCCGCCGCGCCCCCGGCUCCGAGCCCUGGCCCCACCGCCCAGCAGCCUCACAAACUUACUUGCGGGUCGCCAGGAGGGGGCUGCGGUGAGCGGCGGCUGGGCCCGCGGCGGCGAGUGCGCCCCUCUCGGCGGGGCCGGGCGGCGCGGCGCUGGCACUGCGCUCCGGCGGCCGCGCGCUGACUGGGCUCAGCCUGACGCAGCCGGGCUCUGCCCCCGCCGCCGCCGCCGCCGCCACCGCCGCCGCCGCCGGGGCCGCCGAGCGCUUCCAGACAUGCUCAGUUUCCGGACCUGCCCGCGUGGAAGCUACCAAGCGCGAGCGGCGGCGGGGGAGACGCAGGAGCCCCGAGCUGGAGGCUACCACGCCGGUGGCCGGGGGGGAGGGGGGGUGGAGAACGGGUGGACGCGCCGUGCCGCUAAAAAUAGCUCCUGCGGAAGCCGCUGGGCUUGA